UGGAGUGUAUCCUCAUUCAACCCAUUUGAUUAAAUGAAGAACAAAUGAAUAUUUUCAAUGGGAAAAUGGUCGGAAACCUUGGUGCUUUGUCGAGGCUCUCUCACCGAGUGGGCUCCAUCACUAGUUAUGCAAUACAUAUAUUAUUUGUCCCAAAAAAUGCAACAUUUUUUUCUUCUUUUUUCUUGCAGCUAAGCCCUUACUCGGAGGACGACGAUAUGCUUGGAAUUGAGCCGCUCGAACUACAUUUUCCUUUCCAGCUUAACAAACAGAUGUCAUGCACCAUUCAGCUAACCAAUGAGACAGACUCUUACAUUGCCUUCAACGUCGAACAUAUGAACCCUCUGUCAUACUGUGCACAACCGCAGAAAGACAUUAUGCCACCACGAUCCAAGUGUAAUGUCAAAAUAACAAUGCAACCGCAGGCCAAGGCACCGAGAGAUCAUACCAACGAAUUCACUGUUUGGAGCACAAAAGUGAAUGAUGGCCUUGCCAUUGAGGAUAUGGCUACAAUCAAGUUUAUUAAAGAGGCAGCCAACGUGGUUGAUGACGUGAAUUUGGAUGUGGUUUUUGAUGUCAGUGAGCCACAAGAAGCAAGAAGCACGAAGCAACUGAUUACAGAUGAUGCAGUCGGUCCGUUCUUUUGUAUAGAUGCACAUCAGACAGAGCCAUUGAUUGUAACCGGUCACAAAUUUGGUGAUGUUCUGAUUUGGAACUAUGAGACACAGCAGGCAAGUUACCUCUAUUGCUUCUUCUGCUAG